AUGCUGAACACAUGCUCUGCACGACGCGGACCCCAGCAGCAGUGGCCAUUUAGCGCCCGCCACGAAGCUCUCGUUAGCGAUUGUGGCUUCACCCUGCAUGAGAGUGUACACACAUUGUCCCGUAGAUUUUUGCUCCCGGAGAUUGCGCUUCACGUUGAUUGGCCUGCCGAUCAUCGUCUCUUGUUGACUAUUGAUGCGUAUGGCAACUCACUGCUAUUGGCUGUAAACCCUACCGAAGGCUCGAUGGAUAUUGUUGAGGUUGUCGCUGAGUUGCGUCGCGUUCCGGCACACAAAACGAUAGCGGCACAGUCUCUGUGGCCAGAUAUUAUUCGCAGCGAGGAGAUUCCUCCCUAUGCGAUCCUCUCGCACACUUGGGGGGAGCAGGAGGUGAUCUUCGAUAAUCUGAAGAGCCUGGAUAAUGUCAAGGACGUUGUUGCAAAGAAGGAAGCUGAUUGGAACAAGAUUCACUUCUGCGCACGACAGGCAGAGCGUGACGGUCUGGACUACUUCUGGGUGGACACUUGCUGCAUCGACAAGGCAAACAAUACGGAGCUGUCGAAAGCGAUCAACUCUAUGUUUCGCUGGUACCAGAACGCUGAAAAGUGUUAUGUCUUCCUUGCAGAUGUCGGAAGCGACACUCUGGAAGCCAAUGGCGAGUCACCGUUCAGGCAGAGCAGGUGGUUCAACCGUGGCUGGACCCUCCAGGAACUUCUUGCUCCUCACUCCGUCGAGUUCUUCUCUGAAGAUAGAGGGUGGCUGGGUGACAAGGAGUCGCUCAAGCACACCAUACACGAGGUUACAGGAAUCCCUUUCAAAGCUCCGUUAGGGAGCGACAUGUCCGAGUUCGACGUUGCUGAGCGUUUCUCUUGGGCAGCGAAUCGGCAGACGACAGAGGAAGAAGAUGGAGCGUAUUUUCUGGGCCGCAGCCAUGACCAAGAAGAGAAGCUUGUCAAGAUCUGCAGCUGGCUCUCUGCGCCAGACCCGUCCACCAACUACCACAAAACCCACAAGCGGCGGCAAGCCAAGACUGGGCUCUGGCUGCUAGAAAGCGCCAAGUUCGCAGAAUGGAAGGAGAGAGCAGCGUCGCGACUGUGGCUGUACGGGAUCCCAGGAUGUGGAAAGACCAUCCUAAGCUCCACCAUCAUCGAGCAUCUGCUGCAGCACUGCCAUGAUGACACUAGCAUGGUGACGGCGUACUUCUAA